AUGGAAGGCGACUCGACUGCCAUCAACAUCAAUGAGACACCCAAGGAACGGAAGGGAAAGGCACCCCUUUUGGCCACUCCUCCAGGUGGUUCAAGCACCAGCAAAUCAGUACCAGUUAAACCAUCACCAAAGGGUGGUUACAAGAGAGGUUUAGCCGUGUUUGAUAUUGUUCUAAGGCUAGCCGGUGUGGCUACUGCCUUAGGAGCCACAAUAGCCAUGGGUUCCACCGAUCAAACUCUACCCUUUUUCACUCAGUUCUUCCAGUUCAAAGCCAGUUACGACGAUCUGCCAGCUUUUUCGUUUUUUGUAAUAGCUAAUGCCAUAACCGCGAGUUAUCUUGUCCUCUCAAUUCCCAUCUCCAUUGUGUGUAUUAUGCGUCCCCAUGCGGCCAAGCCAAGGGUCCUCCUCAUGUUCUUCGACACUGUUAUGAUUGGUUUGACAACAGCAGCAGCCGGCGGGGCUGCAUCCAUAGUCUACCUGGCUCAUAACGGAAACCAGGAUGCAAAUUGGCCUGCCAUUUGUCAACAGUUUAACGAUUUCUGUCAGAAAACAAGUGGAGCCGUGGUGGCUUCUUUUCUCUCGGUCGUCAUUCUCAUGAUCUUGGUCGUGCUUUCUUCUUUUUCUCUGUAA